CAGCUACACCCAGCUAGAGCUCAUGGGCGGAGGAGCAAAGUUCUAGGGCUGAGCUUUCCUUUCUCAGCGCCUGGCCAUGCAGGCGCUCGCGGAUACCUGCCCUGGUUGGCGCUGCGUCUGAAGAUUCGGCUAGGCGGAACAGUUGAGUCUCCAUCUGGCUACCAACCCACCCAAGCUUUCUUCUCUUCCAUCACCACCUUCCUGCCUCCCCCUCCUCCCCCUCCUUUCCGUCUUCCCUCUCCACCCCCGCCCCCAAUCUCCUCCUCUUUUUCUCACUACAAGCGGUUGCUGAUGCUGAAGCCGAGCGUCACUUCGGCUCCCACGGCAGACAUGGCGACAUUGACAGUGGUCCAGCCGCUUACUCUGGACAGAGAUGUUGCAAGAGCAAUUGAACUACUGGAAAAGCUACAAGAAUCCGGCGAAGUACCAGUGCACAAGCUACAGUCUCUUAAGAAGGUGCUUCAGAGUGAGUUUUGUACAGCAAUCCGAGAGGUGUAUCAAUACAUGCAUGAAACGAUCACUGUUAAUGGCUGCCCCGAGUUCCGAGCGAGGGCCACGGCAAAGGCAACAGUUGCAGCGUUUGCAGCCAGCGAAGGUCACUCUCACCCACGGGUAGUGGAACUGCCAAAGACUGAUGAAGGCCUGGGUUUUAACGUGAUGGGAGGAAAGGAACAAAAUUCCCCAAUUUAUAUCUCCCGCAUCAUCCCCGGAGGGGUAGCUGAAAGACACGGAGGCCUGAAGAGAGGAGAUCAGCUGCUCUCGGUGAACGGAGUGAGUGUGGAAGGGGAGCAUCAUGAGAAAGCUGUGGAACUUCUCAAGGCUGCCAAGGACAGUGUGAAGCUGGUGGUCAGAUAUACCCCGAAAGUCCUGGAGGAGAUGGAAGCUCGCUUUGAAAAGCUGCGGACAGCUCGGCGCCGGCAGCAGCAGCAAUUGCUCAUUCAGCAGCAGCAACAGCAGCAGCAGCAGCAACCACAACAAAACCACAUGUCAUAGGCACUGAAGAAAAGCUGUCGGGUCAAUCAUCUGACCGUCACAAAUUUGGAACCGUGCUCCAGAAUCCCAGCACAUAGGAAAAGGGAAAGGCAACACCAAUAAUUGCACCAAUCACAAAGCUGUGAACAUGUGGUGUAUCCAUUCUUUACCAAGGCAAUUCAACAGCUUCCUCCUCUGGGCACCAGCACCCUGUUCAUCGCUUUUUACCCACUCAGACCCUCCAUUCAUGGCAGUGGAAACUCUCAGUGUGUUGAGGAAGAGAAUUUUCCAGUCUGCAGACUGAAGCAGUGUAAGAAUAAAGACUGUGACUUUGGAACCAAUCACCAGGGCUAGGAUUAAGUCAAUCUUUAGCCUAAGGCUCUUCCAGAGAUUAGCAAACCCUUCAUUAGGCUAUAGUUCAAACUGCAUCAGUUCAAGGUUGUGGCCACUUGGAAGGAACCCACACAUUUUCCCAUGUCUUCACCUGGUCCAUAGUCUAUAUUGCUGAGCUCUUAGAAUUGGAAUUUGACUUAGUGACAAACCCAGCCUCCAUCCUCUUCUUGAAAAUGGCAAGUUCUUAUCUGUUAUAAUCUCUUCAGAACCCAGAAAGAGUUGGCUUUUUAUCUUCUUGUUUUUAUCAACUUCGGAAUGUAUAAACAGAGUAGGGUAUUUUAGCUGAACUUUUAAUUUUCAGAAGCAAGGGCUGGAACUCAAUGCUGUCCUUUUUAAAACUCUAAGCAUUGUCUGUAUCUAUUAUUAAUUUCAACAGAAUAUAAUGUUUAUUUAUUCCACAAAAUAUGUAAGACCAGAGUACACUUGUUCUGACUUGUUCUUUGUUUACCAAGGGUUACUGCUCUGGUAAGAGAUUAUCUCCACUUAAUGAACUCAUCCUCACUUGAUAUAUGGAACCAGCCAUCCAUAUUUUCUUGCUAAAUUUUAUUUAUUUAUUUUUAUUGAUAACCUUUGGAGAAGUCUCAACCCACCCUGCACAUAGUGAUGUGCUUUCAUAGAUACCUAUUUGAUAUUUUAAAUCUUGGAGAUUUAUAAAAACUGAAUCAUGAUAGAUGCACAUAGAUAUACAUCCAAGGGGAUAUAUCACACAAAAUUUCAGUUUCUCUAAAUGCAAAGUGUAUAUUUUUGACAGUCAAAUACAAAGGAUAUCAGUAUUGGCCCACUUACACUGAGGUAUAUGGAGCCCAGUGAAACCAUUGUUGCAUGCAGGCACCGCUUUCUCCAAAAAGAAAUGUGUUUCAUUUUGCAUAUUCUCAUUUGAAAAUAUGCAAUCAGAUUUUACAACUUUCACAAAGAGCUGUGUGUCCUGUAUACACAAUACUUUUUAAUUUUAGGGUAAAUCUAGGCUCCUAAUCUGGUUUUCCAUAUUGCGAGAAUGAAGCUAUGACUAUCUGGGCACUUAAAUACCUUAAGCACAAAUACACACACACACACACACACACACACGCGCGUGAGAGCACACACACACACACACACACAAUAACUGCCUAGUAAAACCUAGUUAAAUUGUUAAAAUAGCAUCACAUAUUUUAAUAUGACCAUUUUUUAAAUGUAGAAAAUGUGCUAUUUCAGAUAGUUCUCCAACAUAGAAAUUUGUGAAGCUUGGCUUACAAACCAUCUUCUUGAAACUAAACAAAACCAAUUAGAUUUCCCCAGCACAUUUUAUUUCACACUGUGGGGUGGUACUAUUGUCAAUAACAAUCUCUUACUGCUCUAGAUAGCGCAUCACCCACCAGGUGACAAAGAGUGAGAAACCCAAGAGCUACACCAAUUUAUUUCAACACUAUCCUGUUGUGGUAAGAGAUUCCCAUCCUGGAAAACAUUAUUUUGUUUUACUAGAGAGAGGUUGGGAAAAGGGUCAACAAGGACCAAAAAUGUUAUAUAGAACAGGUCAAUAAAAGGGACCAGCAUGACAAAAAGGACUGAGUGGAGACUAUAUGAAUAUUAUUCAGUUUGAAAGAUAGUUUUCAUUUUUAUAAGAAAAAAUGUAAUAAACAUAUAUUUUAGUUAUCAUUUAACAAGGAAAUAUUAAAGAUAUUCAGGAGAUGCCACAAAACUCUCAUAAAAGGAAAUCAUGUCACCCUUAUAAUGAGAAAAUGGUCAUUUCAAUGAGUUUCAGUACCUUGUAUAAAUUUGGAGCUUAAGAUGAAUAUGUUUUCACUUAGUUGUUAAGUGUUUAGUUACUAUCGAGGUUAACUUAUGGUUUCCCAUCAAUACAAGUAUUGUCAGAAGCAGCUAUGAAAUAAGCAGGUACUUUACACUGGUGUUUACUAGACGUCUUUGUAUUUUAUGCUUCAUUUGUAUAACAUGUAGUGUUGAUAAAUGUUUGCCAGUUUGUUUGUUGAAAUGAAGCAAUCUGUCAUACCUACAGAGGCCAAGGAUAGGUUAUGUGUCUUAGUGGUCUUAUGUACAAAUGGCUGGGUCAAAUCAGUGAAGUGUAAAAUUAUUAUCACAAGUGACACCCUCAAAGAUUUACAGUGCCACCCAUGCAUCUCUGAAGCUUCCUUGAAGUAAGACGGAAAAGGAAGAACAAAUCCAUUGCAAUCUGGCCUGGCCUUCUCUAUGCCUAAGAAUCACAUACAGAGCCACUGACAUGUCUGAUGUCAUUCAUUAGAAGAAAAGGCACAAAAGGCUGCUCUUCCAUUCAGUUAGGGAGAAAUUGCUGUGAUGUCUCAACAGGGACCUGACUAAGUGAAUCUCACCUCUUUCCCUUCCUUGUUCAAGGUGGUAGGCAGUACAGCAAACUUCUUCUGCACUUUUUCCCUGCUGCAAUUUCUGAGGCUAGCAGAAAAGGUAAAAGAGUUCCCGAACCUUUUCACUGGAGCAUUUACAUUUUGAUUCUGUCGCCAUUUGCAACGGAACAUCUGCAGGGAGAUAAUGACUCUAAAUUACAAUCGACUUUGGAAGAAUAACAGACUUUUGUGUUCCUCAAUCACAUAAUCAAUAGGGAACUCUCUAGCCAUGAGAGUCACCACUAUCUUUUAAGACAAUGCUAAGAUCUAAAUGAAAACUCUAGCAUUCAGGGGCUUGUUAAGAACUGGAGCUUGUCUCUAAAGAACUUAGAGAUCAAUUACACCCAUUUACAAAUGAGAUUCUCAAAUGUGACAUCAAGCUCAUCUUAUUUCCUUUUACAAAGCCACAUGUUCAGGGUUCCAAAUGUAGUACAUUGCUUUCAACAUCUAUUACUGUCUGUGGGUGUGUGAAUGGGUGCCUGGAUUACUCACCUUUUAUAGCUCUUUGCUUAUAAAUGCUCAUAACCUAUAUUUAAGAGUAGUUUCAUACAAAAUUAUGACACAGAUUUAGAUCAUUCUCUGAGGAUUCAGAGUACUCCCUUCCCCACAAUCCCGUCCUUCUUUAGAUUCCAAACUCCAUAAGACCAACAGAUGUGAUUACAGUCCUGCAAAUGUGGGGCACUCAAUGGAUAUUUGUUGAAUGAAUGAUUGAAAAGGGGGACAAGUGAAUUAAUUUUGAUUUCUGUUUAACAUAUUAUAUUAAUUGGCACUAGAAGUUCACGUGUCAUAGCCAAAGUCAGAAUUUUAUCUAAGGUAAGAUCUGGAAUCAAAUUAAAUGAAAUAUCAAAGGUUUAAAGUCAUAUAUAUUUACAUAUGUAUACACACAUGUGUGCACAUGUGUACACACACACACGAGUAAAAGAAAUCUCUCCAUCUCUUUAUAAAAGCACUUGAACUAUUUGGAAUGUUUGCUUCAAAUACGGGCUUCAUUUCUUAAGUUCACAGAUAACCAUGCUUUAGCUUCUAUUUAAAAAAAGAACUUACAUUAUGAAGCACAUUAGAGUGCCUGUGAUAUUUCUAUUUUCCAAAGGAGUCCACAGUCAUUGAAAGCACUCUUUAUAAAUUUCCUGCUUUCAAAUGUCAUUCCUUCAUCUUUGAUUCCCAGAAUGUACCUGAGCUACAGAUAACCCCAUGUCACUCUCCACCCCCAAUCUUUCCACUUAUUUAUUUAUUUAACAGAUAUUCCUGGAUGCUGGUGCAUGCAAGAUUCUGGAAAUGCAUUGUGAAACAAGUCAAAUAAAUUGCCAUCCUAAGGUUUAUUGUGAGGAACUCCUUAGCGCUUAUUUUGGCCAAACUAUCUCUCAACUGGGCCCUCUUCACACAUGAAGAAGAACAAGAAUAAACCCUCACCUCAUGGGAACCAUGAAAUAUUUCCUGCAUAAUUUAUGUGAGCUUGCUUGUCUGAGUAUACCCCUCAAAUAUGCCACAUAGUUUAGCCAUAAGGCAAAAUUGCAACCCAGUGAUGUAGGCAGCUGUAAGUCUUAACAUUGCAUCUGUUCCUAGCAGGUUGCAGCUUCUAACUGAAUGCUUUUAUGAACUCCUCCCCAUAACAGCUCUGUUCGCUAGGUUCUAUUUACACACAGGAAAAUGAAAGCACAGAUUGCAUGACUUUUCCAAGGCUACCUGACUAGCAGGAGAAGUUGGGGCUUGAACCCAUGAAGUCCAACACAAUAGAUCAUAUGCCUAACCAUGAUCUGUGGAGCACGAGUCCAUUAAAAUGGAUGAGUCAUUGUAUAUAGAAAUACCUUGAAUUUGUAAAGUAGUAAAUAAAAGACAUUAGCAAAUUUUAACUCAUGAUGGUCAACAAAUCACAUCAGAAAUGAAAAACAGGAUUAGAACUGAAUCUUACUUUAUAGCAUAUGCUCAUGAACAGUACUUCAAGCCAGGGACAUGCAUCCAUGUUCAGAUAUAGAAAAUUUCUAUCGGUGAAAAUGUUUCAAUGACUUCAGAAUUAUUUAUUGUCAGCCACUGUGUCUAUCUGGUGCUACAAAAACCGAAAGAACAAAACCCCUGCUCUAAGGGCUUAAAGACACACAGUGUGGAGAUGAGCCAAGGAUAUUUUCAUACCUUUAAGGAAGGAUUGGCCAAUUGUACCGUUUUUUCACCAUUGCAUGUACAUCGUGUCUUUCUAAUUGUUUUCAUUGUUUUUAAUGAAAGAGCUGCAAAAUUGUGCAGUGGUUCAACCUGACCAAAGUGGUAUUAUGCUGCUGGGAAGUAAACGUGUUAGACGCCA